AUGGGAUCAAACACAGUCGUUGAUGCACUAUUUCAAGAGGGAACAUCUCAAGUUCGACCACCAUACUUCAAUGGACAACAUUUCUCUCAUUGGAAGGUGCGUAUGGAAACAUACACCAUGUCUUAUGACAUCAAAGUCUGGCGAGUGAUCAAAAAGGAAAAUCUUCCAAUUCCCCCAAGGAAAGACAAAAAUGGUCAAGUUAUAAUAUCUACUGAUCCACUUGACUUGGAUGAUUUCACCGAUGAGCAAGCUGCUGUUAUAACUGUAAAUGCCAAAGCAAAAAAUUUGUUGUACAAUGCUAUCAAUGGUGAAGAAUAUAAAAAAAUCUCAAGCUGUGAAACUGCUAAGGAAAUGUGGGAUAAAUUGGAAGUCACAUAUGAAGGGACAAGCAAAGUAAAAGAAACAAGGAUAAAUCUAUUGGUUCGAGAGUAUGAGCUAUUUCAAAUGAAGGAUGGAGAAUCUGCUGAAGCAAUGUUCUUCAGUUUCAGCAAAAUUCUUGGAGAUUUGAAAUCCUUUGGUAGAACAAUAAAAAGUGGAGAACAAGAUCUUGAUAAAAUGUCCUACGAUGAACUCAGAGGUGAUCUAAUUGCUUUUGAGAAAACUCACUUGCAUAGACAGAUUCAACAAGAAAAGAAGAAAACAGUCGCUUUCAAAGCAACUAUGGCUGAACCAGAAGAUGAAGAAGAAAAUGAAGGAGGAGAACAAGAUGAAAACAUAGCCAUGCUUUCUCAAGUUGUAACCAGUAUGAUGAGGAAAAAUAGAAAUAGCAGAAAAGGUAUACCAAAUUUUAGAAAGGGAAGGAUAAACAAUGAAAAUGAUGGAAGAUGCUAUGAAUGUGGUAAACAUGGACACAUUCAAGCUGACUGUCCAGAACAAAAAAAGAAGCUGAGCAGGAAUCUUCAAAGAAAGAAGUCUUUUGGAGCCUGGAGUGAUGAAGAAGAAUUUGAUCAUGAAGAAAUUGCAAACAUGUGCUUCAUGGCCCUAGAAGAUGAUAGCAAUGAAGAAUCAGGAGAGCUUGGGUCCUCAGGAAACAGAGGAAUAAAUGAAAAAGAAGACUCAGAUCAACUUGGUCUCAUGGCAGAUGAACGAACUAGUGAGGUACGUCCCCUAAAUUGCCCUAACUGUUAUGAACAAGAAUUCAUUGAUAUUGCUCUUGCAGAUAUUGAAAGAGUUCUAAAUGAACUUAGAAAGAUUCAAAGAGAAAAGAAAGAAUGGGCUCUGAAGCUAGAGGAACACCGCAAGAAGAAUCGAAAAGGAAAAUGGUAUCUCGAAAGCGUGUGUUCCAGACAUAUGACUGGUGACAAACAACUGUCCAAAACAGUCACUAAACUAGAUGGAGGAACAGUUACAUUUGGAGACAAAUCCAAAGGAAAUGUAAUUGGUGUUGGAAAAGUUCCUCUAAGCCCAACAUGUGAUGUAGAUGAAGUUUACCUGGGUUACUACAUCUCGUCUAUCAGAAGCGAUCAUGGAGGAGAAUUUGAAAGCAGAGCUUUUGAGAACUUUUGCAACGAUCAAGGAAUCUCUCACAAUUUUUCUUCACCUAGAUCUCCACAACAAAAUGGAGUGGUAGAACGUAAAAAUAGAACCCUACAGGACAUGGCAAGAACUAUGAUUGUGGAAAAUCACCUACCUCAUCAUUUUUGGGCAGAAGCUGUAAGCACAGCUUGUCAUAUUAUCAACAGGUGUCUGAUUCGACCAAUUCUUGAAAAGACUCCAUAUGAACUGUGGAAUGAAUCAGUUCAUGUUGUUUUUGUUGAUACUAACCCUCAUCCAAGGAGUGAAAAACCUCCUGAAGAUGAGGAAAUUCCUUUUGUCACUAAAUCUGUCAUUGCAGGAAAAGAUCAUCAAAGUGAGUCAGCUGAUUAG